AUGCUCAGCGGCCCGAAUGUUUUGGCUGAAAGUGAGUGUUUCUCCCCCGAGUUCGUCGAUUUUUUUCAAUUUUUACUUUUUUUUGAUUUCGGUCUUCAGUCGAACUCUUCCGGUUUCUUGGUACAAUCGCCUUGUAUGUGGCUGUGUUCUCGGCAAUCUGGCUGAAUUGUGGAGGGAAAAAGAAGCCCGCCAAGCCGUCCGACAACAAGCCCGCAGCGGGCAAGGGAGCGGCCGCGGAGAAGAAACCGGCGGUGAGUUGGAUUUUCAGGGUUUUUUUAGAUUUUUUAUUUAUUUUUUGGGAUUUUUUAUCUUUUCCAGCCCAAGAAUGACGAUCCGAAAGAAGAAAGCAAGAUGAAAAAGCCCGAGGAGAAGAAGGAAAAGAGCAAGAAGAGUGAGAAGAGGAGCGAGAAGAGCAAGGUUAAGAGCAAGAGUAAGAAGGAAAAACAGGAAUCGAAGAAGGAGGAAGCCGAUGAAAAGGUGAGAAAUUUUGCGUUUUUUGAACCUUUUCCCACGCUUGUCGCCAAUGCACAGUGCAUUUUGAACUUUUUCCCACACUUGUCGCCAACGCACAGUGCAUUUUGAACUUUUUCCCACGCUUGUCGCCACCGCACAGUGCAUUUUCUCUCUUUUUGCACAGUGCAAACUUCAAAAAACCCGUUUGCACUGUGCAAAUUCUCGCGCAGAACCGCGGCGACGCAGUUGGGAAAAGCUUACGUCGCAGCGACAUUUUCGAUGCACGGUGCGAAAACAAAAAAAGGAGGAAGCGCACGGUGCAAAAAAGUCGGGGAUUUUUGUGCACAGUGCGUGCCGCGACAAGCGAUAUUUGGAUUGCACAGUGCAAAACCAAAAAAGGUGAAAUGCACGGUGCAAAAGAUCGGGGAGGUUUGUGCACGGUGCAGACCGCAACAAAAUGUCCAUGCACUUUAUGAAAAUAACAGUCUGUCGGGAAAAUAAUGUGGAUUUAGCGCGUCUUGGAAUCGCACAUCAUCGCUUGUCCUAAUAUAUUAUAUUUGCAUAUUUUACAGUGAUAAUUCGGGUUUUUUUUCAGAAGGAACCCGACGAAAAAGAGGGCAAAGAAGAGGAGAAAAAGGAAGAGGGCGAAGAAAAGGAGAAAUCCAAGAGCAAGAGCAAGAAGGGCGGAGAAAAGGAGGAAAAGAAGGAGGAUGAGAAACUGGUGCCGGUCAAGAAACAGCUCGGAAAGAAGGAGCAGGAGAUUGUCCAAGGAGCCAAGAGAAAGAAGGGAGAUUAUCCUACCGUAAGUUUUUAUUUUUGCAUGAAUCUUACUGUAAUUUUAUCAAAAAUAUGAUUAUCAGUCUGUCGGGAAAAUAAUGAGCAUGUCACUACGAGUGAAAAACAAUUUGAUUUUGCCGAGACAAAAUUAAUUUUCUCGGCGACGAUGCGAUUUUCGAUGCGAUGGAGUGAUCAUUAUUUUCCCGACAGAUUGAUUCUAGUCCGUUCGUAAAGUCGCCGGAGUGAUUUCGGCGACAUGCACUGUGCAAAAAAAAGUCGGAGAACGUGCACUGUGCAAAAAAUCCGAAAAAACCUUAUUGCACGGUGCAAAGAAAUACAAAUUGCACAGUGCAGUGUGAGCGACACUCGAAAAAGCCUGUUGCACGGUGCAAAAAGCAACAAAUUGCACUGUGCAAUGCGAACGAAAGGCACGUCGAAAAAACUUAUUGCACGGUGCAAAAAGCAAGAAAUUGCACAGUGCAGUGCGAGCGACACCCGAAAAAACUUAUUGCACUGUGCAAAGAACAACAAAUUGCACUGUGCAAUGCGAAGGGCACCUCGAAAAAAGCUUAUUGCACGGUGCAAAAAGUAACAAAUUGCACAGUGCAGUGCGAGCGACACCCGAAAAAAGCUUAUUGCACUGUGCAAAGAACAACAAAUUGCACAGUGCAGUUCAAGCGACACAUGAAAAAGCUUAUUGCACGGUGCAAUGUUAACUUUUUUUGCACAAUGCAUGUCGCAAAAAUCACUCCAGCGACUUGCGAACGACUGAUUGGAUUUGAAUUUCAGAUGGACGACGUCUUGUCCGACUGGGACUCGAAGAAGGAGGGCGAAAAGAAGACCAAGGAGGCCAGCAAGGACCUCACCGACCUCGAGUCCAAGGAAAAGGAGGACGACAAGAAGGAAUGA